AUGAAGCGAACGCGCCUGGACACCGUUGUGGGGAUGUCCAGCACAGUGUGGGGGUUGGAGGCUGGAGUCGUCACUGGUGCUCUUCUUUCUCUUCAGAAGAUCUUCGAGCUUGGGGAGCGGCCGGCAGUCCUCGGAAUGAUCGCUAGCUCAGCAACAGCGGGAAGUUUCUUUGGAUCCAGCACUUCUGGUAAAGUAGCAGAUCUGAUUGGUCGACAGAAGACUUUGUCUGCUGCUUCCCUAUUGAGCUUCGUCGGCUGCAUCCUGGGGGCGACAGCGUCGAGUUUGCAUCAGGUGGUGUUGGGUAGGUUUGUGUCGGGUGUGGCGAUCGGGACAUUCGGAACAGUCAUCCCGAUCUAUGCUGCAGAGUGCUCACCAUCAUCCAAGAGAGGGUACAUCAUGUCGCUACCUCAGAUGGGCAUGUCGUCGGGCAUCUCAGUGAUUGAGGCCGUCUUGUGUUAUGACAGCACUGAAUCAUCAUUGCAGAUCUCUUACAUAGUUAGCGCUAUCGCAUUCUCGUAUGGUCAUACCUACAAGACUUUGUUUCUGUUCAACGCUAUCUUUGCGUUGUAUGCCUUCGCACUUUCCUUGUCCUCUCUUGAUUCUCCGAGAUGGCUUCUUCGACAAAAUCGCAGGAAUGAAUGCUACGAUGCCAUGCAUUUCUUUGCAUCCUCUCAUGAAAACGAUCCUUCAAUUCACUCCAAGAGACCGGAGGCAGGAUGGAAGAAAUUGAUCGUGCUGCCCGGCAUGCAAUCGACAUUCGAAGACAAGAUUCACAGAGAUCUGGAGGCCCUUGCAGACGGGCUAGAGAACGAGAAAUAUACGAAGCAACAGGCGUCGGAACAUCAUCCGAGAGACAAAAUGACCACGAGGCGAAUCCAGAAAGCGCUCCUGAUCUGUCUGGGGUUACAAGUCAUUCAGCAGUUCAGCGGGAUCAAUGCAAUCAUCAGCUUCUCACCCUCCAUCCUCAAAGAGGGCAACGUUGUCGCUCGUAUCCGCGAUUUCUUCAUGUGGCUCGGCCUGAGAUCGCAUGAUGCGACAUUCGCUAUGCUGGCGACGGCUGCUGUUUACACGCCAAAGCUGAUUGCAAAUGAUCUUCCUCAUCAUGCCCUUGAUGGAUCUCUACGGAAGACGCACCAUCCUCCUCACAAUAGUUCCGCUCCUGUCUGCUUCUCUCGGGCUCUUGUCGAUCUCCAUGAGCCAAAGGCUGAAAGGCUCGUCCUUGUCUUCUUUGCUCUCGCUGCUCGCUCUGCUCACGCUUUCUUCUCCGUCUCCCUUGGCCCCAUUCCCUCCAUCCUCUCCUCCGAGUUGCUCCCCACACAUGCGCGAGCGACAGGCAUGUCCUUCCUGAUGAGCGCUCAGUACACGGCCAAUUGUCUUGUGAUCUACUCGUUUCCAUUCCUACAACUGAAGUUCGGCAGUUCAGCCGUCUUGGCCGGCUACUCUUCCUUUAUCCUCUCUUCCUGGAUCUUUAUCUUUGCCUUUGUUCCAGAGACCAAGGGAGUCAAUCUCGAAGAUAUUGUUCUCUAA